CUUUCUAUGUUAAAUUGUUUUGAUUCGAACAUCACACACACAAAAAUUCCAAUUCCAAGAUGGAAAAAGAUUUGAACUUUCUAAUCUGUUCAUUGUCAGUGCCCAAUUCGCGUGUUUGGUCCGCCUACAGCAAUCAGCAGCUGGCUGAGAUGCGUGAAGCGUUUCUAAUGCUGCAGGAGCUGCUGAAACGCAAUCCCACGCAGCUGGAUCAGGUGUCCAGCAAUAAUAUACCAUAUCGCUUCAAGGCAGGCGGCAAUGCAGAUUCAGCUUCCAGAUGCUCCAAAUCACUUGCAAGCUUCUAUAGUGCGCUCGAGCUGGAGCUGGAGCCAGCUUCGAAUCAGACCAGCAGCUGCUUGCAAACCAGCAGCGAGCAAAUGCCAGCGAGUCUAGAGGCGCUAUCUGGGCAUAGCUAUGAGGAGCAGAGUAGCAGUGAGAACUUUUUGGCGCUAGUGCCAUAUCGCGAAACAAGUCAAGAGCUCGUGCCCUUUGUGCCCACUGAUACUGAAGAUGAGGCUGAUGAAGAUGAGCAAACUGAAACUGAAACUGAAACUGCUGCUUAUAUCGAUGCCAUGGGGGAUGUCGAUGCGCGCACCUUGCGUGCCAAGUCGAGCUCCUACAUAUCCAUGCGCAUACCCGUGCAUAUGGAGUGCGUGUAUAGCAAUGACAAAUACGAUUCGCGUAGCACUGACAGCGACUCGACUCUAAUUGCAGAUGGCAAGAGAUAUGUGCUGCGUAAAACUUGUGUGCACUCCUCCACUCCAUCCUCAACUUGCCACCAGUAAAAGUUUAUAGAAUUAAAAAAUAUAU